UGGUCCGAGUGGUGGACGCACAACGGCAUCUCAGGUCCAAAUUUUUGGGGCCUGGUCAAUCCUGAAUGGGUGUUGUGUACAAGGGGCAAGAGACAAUCACCAAUUGACAUCAACACCAAUCUUCUCCUUUUUGAUGCAAGACUUAAUAAAGUUCACCUUGAUAGUGUUCAAGUUUACUCGGCCGGCAAAACUGCCAACAAUGCAGAAACAAAAUCAGCUCGCAAAGCUAGGUACAACACGUUCAAAAGCGUUAAAACCAGCGAUGAACCCUUGUACGUAAACCUGACAGGGGGUCCUCUGUCUUACCAAUAUCGAGUGGUGGAAGUUUUCAUUCAUUUCGGGAGCCACGAAACCGUUGGAUCAGAACAUACAAUUGAUGGCAUCUUCUUUCCAGCAGAGAUACAAAUAGUGGCGUACAACUCGGAAAUAUAUGGAAACUACACACAGGCCAAAUCCUCAACUUACGGUCUGGCAGUUCUCUCUGUUCUCUGCAAAAUCGGCAACGAAUCGAAUGAAGAAUUUCAAGUCCUAGCAAAAGAAUUGCAUCGAGUAAAAUACAGAGGGAAUCAGGUUCAUGUUCCUAAACUUACAGUGAAGAAUCUUCUGCCGAAAACAUCGGACAUUAUAACAUAUGAGGGCUCCCUGACCAUACCAGGCUGCGACGAAACUGUUACUUGGAUCAUCUUCAACAAACCCAUGCUGAUAAGCAACAAAGACUUGUUAUCAUUGAGGGACUUGGUUCAAGGGGAUGAAAUUGAUCAAAAUGUUUCAAUGGAAAACAAUUGCAGACACACGAAUCCUCUGAAUGACAGGCCGGUGCGCACCAACAUAAACUUCCACGGGGCACAGGUUCAAUAA